AUGGGUUACAAUACUCGUCGGAAAUCCCUCUCUUUGCCUUCGCUGGGCAUCCAUCUACCCAACGCCUCUCGCGCUCACCGCCCAAUUCUGAAGACGACAACACCUCCUGCUGAUGCCUCUGCGUCUCCUCCGCCUCCUACCAAGAAACAGAAGCGCUCUCAUGAUGGCGACGAACCUCUGUCCCCUGUGUCCUCUCCGCGCUCUAAAGUCGGCUCACCUGCGAUCGACCUCCCAACAUCGACCACAUUAGCACUUGCUACUGCCGUGGAGCAGACGCCACCCCCCUCUCCAAAGCUUGGUACCCCCGUUCGAAAAAUCGACACAGAUGGUAUCCAUGAUGACAUUGUCAUCUCGGUGAUUGAGCAGUUGGAAAAGACGGGGAAUCGCCCGCAUCUGAUCAGGGAUUUGGCGACUAUACUGGCUUCCACGAACGCCAGUAUCGCUCAUUCUGCAAACCCCGCGGCUUUACUUUCCUCGCGUCUGAGUCUCUACCUGAAAAGGCCAUGGACUGCCUUGUCACCGUGCCCGUUAGCGAAGGAACUAAUACCCGUUCACCCCCGGAAGGUCUUCUUCUUUCUUACAACACAACCGCGAAUGCCUCUUCCUGAUUCCUCGGAUGACAUCCUCCCUCCACCAGUGAUCUCGGUCAAAAACCUGACCCCGAGCGUCUCGGAUCAUAGCCAGGUCGAUGACCUGGACCAGCGAGACCGUGCCCGACUAUCUCCCAGUCCGGAGGUAGAGUUGUACUCUCCCGACCUUGAUCACGAUGACCCAAUGCAGCCUCCAACCCCAGGCGACCACUUCAGCGCCAGAAGCAGUCUGAAUCCUGACGGCACGCCUGAUGUUCGUCGUAGAACUAACCGCGCCCCGAGUCCUCCACUUGAGGAGGACGAACGCGGGUUCACUGAGACAGCCACUGCGGUUCGUGCCCGUGGCAUGAGCCUACACAAUCCUAUCGUUCAAGCAUCAAUUGAAGUUGAUGAAAAGACCCCGGCUGUUGAGGUGUCAGAAGAGACACCGGAGCAGCGUCAGAACCGUGAUAGAGAGCUUGGGUUUGCCCUCUUUGGUCAAUCUCAUCAAGCCCUCCAUGUGCCGGAGCAGAAGCUGUUUUCAAGCAGUCCAAUGAUUCAGGCGAAACCCGACCACCAGGCACCCGUGACCAAGACGAACUUGACUCUUGACCUGGAUGGAAUUGAGAUGGGAGUGGCUGCCUGGAGCAUGAUGAGCCCCGAGCAGAUCGACGUCGAAGAGCUCGACGAGAUGUUUAUGGGUUUCUAA